ACAACAUCGGGACCUAGUUAUAAUUGGUUAUUACAUGAUAUGAAUUAUGAUAAUAUAGAGAUUAUAGAGUGGACUAUGAAGAAUUCAAAUUUUGUAGUAAUUUACUAGGUCCAAGAAAACAUUUAAAAAAUAGAAAUGAUUUUGAAUGGAUCAAUAUGACUGUACCUAAAAGAAUUGCUGAAGCAUGCGCUAAAAUUCCAAGGUUAAUUAGAUUGAUUCAUUUUUAUGCCUGAGGUGCGAAUCCUCAUGCCGAAUCCUUAGAUUUAUAAACUAAAUAAAAUCAAAAUAAGUAUUAAAUGCUUUUCCAAAUGCUACUAUAUUUAGACCAAGUGUGAUGGUAGGAGACAAUGAUGAUUUUGCCUAUCAUUGGUAGAUUCAGAAGAGAUACUUCCAUAAUUUCAAUAUUGUACCAGAUCACUGUUAAGCAAAAAGACAGCCUGUAAGAAUAAAGAAAUAUAAUAGAUUUUUGUUGAAGAUGUAGCUUAAGCUAUGUUAAAUGCUUUGAAAAUGCCAGAAACUAUAGGAUGAAUAUAUGAAUUGGGAGGUCCUCAUGUAUAUACUUUUUAGAAUGUUAUGAAAAUGUUUCACAAUAUUAUAGGCCACCAAAAUUGGCACAUAUUGAUAAAUAGCUAUUACUAAAGAUUGGUAAAUGCUAAUAAAUAUAUAAAUUAGCUUAAUAUAUUCUAUAUAGAUUAUAUCCUAAA